AUGAGUGAGACUGGCACCAUCACUGAACACGCCCAAGCAACUCAGUACGCAGCCUCCUGGGUGUCACUUCACCCGCAAGCGGACUUGCCCUCGAAUGAGCUUAGCAUCGGUUGCGGUGUCUCGACCUCAACGCUGCCUGCUGCCCCCAAAACCUCCACAUCUUUGUGUCAUGCAAAUUCGGUUGCCGUAGAGACCACAGUUGACCUAAUGAAUUUUAAUGAUAGCAAUGCCGGCAAUUGUUGCUGGUCCCCAGCGGAUAGUUUUGCGCAUAUGCAAACUCAGACCACUGGCGACGCGGAGCUAGAUCAGUGGCUGAACAGUGUUCACACACAGACUGUCUUUCAACAGACCCCUCCUGAUGCCAAUGCCUCGUCUUCCACCAAUUGGCUUUCACCUGGGAACGGAGUUUGCGUGGGAGUCAAUACGGAUCUGCGCACGCCUGACGGAUGUAACCAGUUUGUCUUCUCGCACGAAGCCCUUGUUUCAGUCCAACAUUCUCCCGCAUUUCCCCCUCAUUCCUGUUCGGCCUUCCUCUUCCCAAGGUUGUGA